UCGUUGCAUCCCUGUAUGAUCCUUUGCGAAAGCGCACUAGUUUGUGACUUUGUCUCAUGUGGUAAAUUUUUUAUUCGUAUUAAAUAUUUUAAUACGCAGCUGGUCGACCACUGGUAUAGUCCAGUUGUGUGUGUUGAAUAACCAAAGCCCGCUUUACGGCAAUUCGAGCUGGGUUGUCCGACCUGCAAGUAAAGCGAGAAGGCCGUCUUAAGCUUCUAAAGUAAUUGACGAUGAAAGUUGGAUUAUUAACGCGCGCUUUCUUUUACUAGACAGUAUUAUCGUCUUUCUCACGAUGCUCAUAGACAAUGUUGACGCCUUGAAGUCGUGGCUGGCAAAACUCCUGGAGCCAAUAUGUGACGCUGACCCCUCUGCAUUAGCAAACUAUGUUGUGGCUCUCGUGAAGAAGGAUAAACCAGAGAAAGAACUAAAAGUCUGUGCGGAUCAGCUGGACGUCUUCCUACAAAAAGAGACGAUAGGAUUUGUGGACAAACUUUUUGAGUGUUUGACAACCAAGAUCUACUUGGGAAAUCCUGUUGCCAAGGAGAUGGCCAAAGAGGAAGUCAAACAACCAACUGUCAGAUCAGAUAUGGAGGCUGAAACAGUGGAGGAGGAGAGGGAAAACAAGAGGAGGAGAAGUCCUCUGAGAAACCGUGCUGAGUUUAAUGAGUCCAGGUGUCGUGAUGACAGAAGGCGAGAGGAGAGAAAGCGCCGUGAUUUUGAUCGGCAUGGGAAAAGUGACUCCCAUCGCGAACGAGAGCGCCACGAGCGGCGGAGGAACAGCCCACGCGAGAGAAGCUACAGUCGGAGCCGGAGUAGGAGUGGCAGCAGAGGAAAGAGCAGGGACCGUGAACACAGAGGAGGCAGAGACUACAAGUCAAAGUUUGAGGUGGAAAGGAAGGACCCUGAAGGCUACACCUCUUCUUCCACUUCUACUUCACAGCAUCCCCUGCCUCUUUCCACACCAGCACACCCCUUUUCCUCUUCUUCUUCCUCCUCUGGUGGUGGUGUUUCCAUAGUAACCCGAGCUCACCUACCCGAUAGCACGACAGAUAGCUGGUCUGGAUACUUCGGUCCCCAGAGGCAAGAUGGUGGCAGCAGCAAGUCAUUCAGCAACAAGAGUGCAUCACUUAAACAGCGUUGCAGGGAUUACGAUGAAAAAGGAUUUUGUGUCCGGGGUGACCUCUGUCCUUUUGACCACGGCAAUGAUCCCCUUGUUGUGGAUGAUGUCAACCUACCAAACAUGAUUCCUUUUCCACCCCCACCGGUUAUGCCCCCUACAAGACUGCCAGUGCCCCCAAUUACAGAGCCACUUCCCUCCCUUAGGAUGCCAUCGAUGCCUUUGUAUGGCCAACCACCACCACCGGGUGUCUUUCCCUUGCCGGGGCCCCCACUGAUAGCAACUAGUGGGAUUGACACCCCUAACCACCAAUCUGCAAUCACUUCUUCACCUCCUAUUGGGCCACCUGGCGUAGGGCUGCCACCAACUCUUCCUCCUCCUCCGCCUCCUCCUCCCUCCUCGUCUUCAUCUGUGUCUCUUCGCCCCCCCUACGUCCAGUCUGAAUAUAACUAUGACCAAGAGGGCUAUAACCCAGAAUCCCCAGGUCUGACCACCGCAGGCCGUAACCCAUACCGUCAGUUCAUUCCCCGUGUGCAGACACAGCGGCCUAACCUCAUCGGCCUCACAUCUGGCGAAGGACAAGGCUCCAGAGCUGCCAACAUAGUUAUCCAGACAGAACCUGCAGCUGCAGCUACCACUCCUGGCAAUAAUGUUGCCCUUUUCAACACAGAGCAGGACAACAGGAAGAGACCCAUCAGGCUUAAUGUUACUGAGGGGCCACUCAAUAAAAAACCCUGGAUGGAUAAGCCGGGUUUUAACAACCAACACAAGACCAGCUUUCCUAAGAGGAAUCAUUAUGUGAACACAAAGCUGGAAGUACAAAGGAUUCCAUGUGAACUGAACAACAUCACCAAGCUCAAUGAACACUUCAGCAAGUUUGGAACUAUAGUCAAUAUCCAGGUGGUAGACCCAGAGACAGCUUUAAUCCAGUAUACAAAGAAUGAAGAAGCCAGGCGGGCCAUAUCCAGCACAGAGGCAGUUCUUAACAACCGCUUCAUCCGGUUGAUUUGGCACCGUGAACCUGGCACAAAUACUCAAGGUCUUCAGCAGCAAGAGCAGAGCUCAGGAAUCCAGACAGCUGGCUCUGCCCCAAGCCACAUGUCUCAGCAGAGCAGCUUGCACAAGGUGAUCAAGCAGCACCCACCAGCCGCUUAUGUUUUGAACAAAACUGUUCCCAAGCAUUGCCUGCCAGCAGCUUCUGGAGUCACAGCUACAAGCAAUUCGGGCAGCUUGAACCCAGGCACAGACUCUGUUACUGUGACGCCCACACUCACAAACACCCAAAAGAGCAUCUUCACUUCCGCUCAACUCAAGUCAUCCUCCAAGAGCCUUGGAAAAACAGGAAAAGUUCUAGAAGCACAGGCGGUCCUCAAGAAGAAGCAGGAGGCAUUAAAACUGCAACAUGAUAUGAGAAAGAAGAAGCAAGAGAUGUUGAAGACGCAGAUAGAGUGUCAGAAGGUGUUGAUAAAUCGUCUGGAAAAGAACCGAGUGAUGAAACCUGAGGAAAGGGCUAACAUCAUGAAGACCCUGAAGGAGUUGACAGAGAAGAUUGCCAAGCAACAAAAUGAAAUGAACCUUGCAAACAACACCACGAGCACUAAACCCAACAGCAACCAGCCAAAAACCAAGACAGAUGCCCAGAAAGAACUGCUGGAUGCAGAGCUGGACUUUCACAAGAAAAUGAACUCUGGGGAGGACACAACAGACCUCAAGAAAAAACUGGGACAGCUACAGGUGGAGGCAACGCGGUUGGGUCUGAUCCAGCCUCCAGGAGGCAGAGCUCGCGGACGAGGAAAGAUUGUACCAGAGCUUGGGUCGAUGCACGUCGGCCGUGGGAGAUCCAAAAGCAGAGACAUGACAACACGAGGAGGGACAGUAAAUCGCAUGGUGGUAGACCACAGACCUAGAGCCCUAGCCAUACUUGGGGUCACUCAGGAAGAGAAGGAAGAGUUAAGGCCCCAUUUUGUGAAAUUUGGUGAGAUUGAGGAUCUCCGUGACCAAGAUGCCAACAGUGUAGUCAUGACAUUUAAGACACGAAGUGAAGCAGAAAAUGCAGCCAACCAGGGAGCGAAGUUCAAAGAUCGUGUCCUUCAGAUUUCUUGGUACAAGCCCAAGACUCCUUCUGAUACAACAGAGCAGGAGGAGGACGAGGCUGAAGAGGAGGACAAUACGAAUGAAGCUCACCCUUAUCUGCCUGGUGCAGAGGAAGAGGAGGAGGAAGAAGAGGACGAUGAUGAAGACGAUGAAAAUGAGAGCCGAUCUUGGAGGCGAUGAAGUUUUUUUUUUUUUCAACAUGUUUUAUGUUUUCCAGUCUGCAGAUUCCACACUGAUUGGGUGGAGCAUUUCAUUUUUCCCUCUCCCCCAGUAUUUUGAAACUAAUUUCGAUCAAUAUUACAAAGAUGAAAAAAAACUUGUAUGUUGUACAUAAACAGAGGUUUAGAGGGCCAGUAAGUUUUGUAACCCUCGUCUCAAUAAACUAAUUUAAUGUCUCAAGUUUUGUUGAGAAAGAUAAUUACGUUCUUCUAUAGAUAGAAAAUCAGUGUAAGUUUGAGUGUGCUUACAGAUAAUAGUAAUUCACAGCGUUUGUGUCUGCUGUGAAUAGGUAUUUUUAUACAUACUGUAUUUCAGCGCUUUUUCAUCACCAGUUUUGAAAUGUUUUGUCCUCAAUUCAGCUCACUCUUCUCUGUUGCUGCCAGAGACUUUUUCCCCCCUCUUCACCAAUGGCCUGUCACAUACACGUACAAUUGGUUCUGACAGUUGACACAAUGUGAUGUGAUUUAAUUUCAGUUUGUAAAUGAUUCACAUGCUUCAUUUGCCACCGUGCUGGCAUGAUAACAUCUAGUUUAACCGAGCAGCUUACACAUGGCACCAAAUUGCAGGUGUAGAAAGCCAGCAGUGCAAUAAGAGAACCCAGAAGUUUACACCACACGUGGGCCACAUUUCGCGCGCUUGUGUUUGGUUUACACCUUGUGUAAAUAGAAAUACUUCCAUUUUUCUAAUACCAUUUUCCACUUGUUUUAUUGUCACCGAAACAUUGUGGCAGGGCUCUGAUCAGAUUGCUGGCAUCAGAAACGCCGUCUUGAGACAGGUGAUUGAAUGUAAUAGUGAACCUUUUAAUUUUAAUAUUUAAUUUCUUCGCCUUACACAGUCAGCACAUGGCUGAAUUUUUACAAGAUUUGUCAUUUACUUUUGUAAAUUGUGUAAAUGGUAGAAAGAGGAAUUUGUUUUGGUUUUUUUUUGUUGUUUUUUUGAAUUUAACAAUUCAUUUUAAAUUAAUGACUAGACUGAGUUGAGAAGGUCAAGCAAGAGUGCAGUUUCUCUGCUUCAGAAUUUUAUGUUUAAAACCAAUACUUAUUUCACUUGGACUGAGUGGGACAUUUGUUUGAAAUGGACAGAGUUCCUCUCUGGGACUGUGUUGAAUAAAAUCCAGGACUCAGUCUCAAUUGUGUUACUGCUGCUUUGCUUGUAUGUGAAAACCAGCACAAGCACCAUUUUUCAGUGUGAAUAUUUUACCACCAAAUCAUAGUUUUUUGUGUUGAUUCUUUCAUGUUUUAUUUUAGAAGUUUGAAGGGAUGCAAUCCUUUGAUCAUACAGAAAUGCACUCUACGUUCGCUAACAUAGAAAUCCACUACUGUUUGUACUGGACUUGCAGCACAAUGAAGUGCUGCCUAAACCGAUCACUGCAACGUGACCGAUUUAAUACGGCAACGGUUCACGGAUAAAUGUGUGAACUGCAGUGCUUCAAAUAUAGGUUUUGAAAGCCUCUCGACUCGUGCCCACUUGUUUUCACAUCACUCCGCCUCCUGCUGAUGACCUCACUUGACACACUCAAGCUUGGUUUUUUUUUUUUUUUUUUUUUCCCCCCCAUCUUCAACAAAAAGUGAACUGUCUUUAAUGUCAUUGGUUUGAGUUUGUGCUUGUUUGUGAGGACAGUUUUUAAGGACACACUUUUAUUGGUAGGGUUCUUCUGUAAGAUGAUCGGAGGAUAGUCACGCCCUCCUUUUGUAUCAUAUUCUGUAUGCUACUAUCCCACACUAGUGUAAAAAAAUGUAAAAUGUUUAUCGGACAAUAGCUCAGAUUUGUUACUGUUUAUAUUUGCAGGAUGUGGAUGUAUUUUCUUCAUGUAUUUUGUUUGGGGGGGGGGGGGGGGGGGGGUAAUAUACUAGCAUGUUUGCUUUUGCCAAUAAAGAUGGAGGAAUGAGGUGCUUGUGAAAGUCACCAAAAAAAAAAAAAUGAAGAGGAAAAAAAAAAAAUUUAAUUUGAUCUGGGCAAGAGGGAAAAAGUUAAAUCUGAGUCGAAAA